GUCUUUCCAUAGCCAGAAAAUAGCUGUGGAAAGAUUUUGAGAAGAGAUUUUUUUAAAGAUAAAUCGUUUUAAUUCAUCUUUAUUUCUGCUACAAAAAUGUGUCAAUAUAUCUUAUGUUUAAUAUUGUAUACAUUGAGCGCGUUCCUAAAUGUCCUCGUGCUACAGAACAGACAGAAGUCACGAGCCUUAUAGGGUCUUCCCCUCGCGUGACGCAGGUCGUCUGGAGAACGCGCGCGCGUGUGCGUUCGUGCGUGUGGGUAUAAAGCGAGGAGACGAGCCUGGACAUGAGCACACACAGAAUCAUGAUGGAGACGCAAAGAAGUAAAUCUUAUCCAUCAAUAACAACCCAAAAUGACAAAAUGUGCGAGAUCAAUAAAAUAAGUGAACAAGAUUGGAAAAACACAGAGGAUAACAGUCGGACAGAGUAUUCAAGAAUCAUUACAGACCCCAAUACUGGAAAAUGUUACUGCCGGGGAAAAGUUCUGGGAAAGGGAGGCUUCGCAAAGUGUUAUGAGAUGACCGACCUGUCUUCAGGUAAAGUCUAUGCAGUCAAAAUCAUCCCGCACAAGCGCGUGUCCAAACCACACCAGAGAGAAAAGAUAAACCGAGAGAUCGAUCUGCACAGAUCUCUUAUCCAUAAACACAUAGUGCAUUUCUAUCACCACUUUGAAGACAAAGACAACAUCUAUAUUCUUUUGGAGUACUGCAGUAGAAGAUCGCUGGCUCACAUACUGAAGGCACGAAAAGUUUUAACAGAACCAGAGGUGAGGUACUACCUAAAACAGACGGUGUCUGCUUUAAAAUACCUUCACGAUCUAGAGAUUCUGCAUCGAGACUUGAAACUAGGCAACCUGUUUGUGACUGACUCAAUGGAGCUUAAAGUGGGAGAUUUUGGGCUGGCUGCCAAACUGGAGCCGAUUAGCAACAGGCGUAGAACGAUCUGCGGUACACCCAACUACCUGUCACCGGAAGUGCUUAACAAACAAGGCCAUGGCUGGGAGUCUGAUGUGUGGGCACUGGGCUGUGUCAUGUUUACCAUGCUCACGGGUAAACCCCCAUUCGAGACCACUAACCUAAAGGAGACGUACCGAUGUAUCCGAGAAGCACGUUACACCCUCCCACCCGCCCUUUCUCUACCCGCCAAACAGAUCAUUUCCAGCAUGCUCGCGCAGGAGCCCGUGGACCGUCCGCAAUUGGAUGACAUCAUGCGGCAUGAAUUUUUUACCCAGGGCUUCAUGCCAGAAACUCUUCCGGUCAGCUGCUGCCACUCCGCUCCAGACUUCCACAUUUCCAGUCCUGCCAAGAGCUUCUUCAAGAAGGCAGCUGCUGCUCUCUUUGGGGGAAAGAAGGACAAAGCUAAAUACUAUGAAAAUAUAAAUCGGUUAGCGAAAGAAGAGGAAGACAUAUACAAGCUUCGCCAAGACCUCAAAACGACGACCAUCAGCAAUCAGAUUACUACACACACGCCUGAGGAAGUAGGAACUCCGUCAGCACCUACAAGAAAGCCCGUUACCCAGGCAACUGCUGGAAGACCGCAGACGAGAGAUACCAUUCACUUGAUUGUUAGAGGCAGCUUGGGAAGCUGUAGUAGCAGCAGUGAAUGUCUUGAAGACAGCACCACCGGUAUCGUGGCCGAAGCUGUUAUUAGUGUACUUAGGGGCUGCCUUGAACACAUGCCUAAAGCUGACAGCCUGCCUAGAGGAAGCGGUUGUAAUAGUUUGAAGUGGGUGACUAAGUGGGUGGACUAUUCCAACAAAUAUGGCUUUGGUUAUCAGUUGUCUGAUAACACAGUGGGCGUCCUUUUCAACAAUGGAACUCAUAUGAACCUCCUCUCUGAUAAAAAGACUGUUCAUCAAUAUGCAGCGCUGGGCCAGAAGUCUGUUUUCUCCGUCCUUGAUACUCCUGAAUGUGUUGUCGCCCAGGUCACCAUUCUCAAGUACUUUGCCCACUACAUGGAAGAGAAUCUGAUGGAUGGAGGUGAUGUGAUAAGUGAGCUAGACUCCCAGAAGACCAGAAUCUACCUUCUACAGUGGCUGAAAUCAGACAGAGCUUUACUGAUGCUUUUCAACGAUGGCACUUUCCAGGUGAACUUCUAUCACGACCACACCAAGCUCAUACUGUGCACGCAACAGGAGGAAUAUCUGCUGACGUACAUCAACGAGGAAAGAACGUCCACCACCUUCAAACUGAGCACGCUACUCGCCACGGGAUGCACCGCAGAGCUGCGCAGCCGUCUCGAAUAUGCACUGAACAUGAUGUUGCAGCGCUGCAACUAAAAACUAAGACUGACAGUUGCGAUCGAUACAAGGAAGUGGAUGUCCGUGGAUAUGUUUUGGAUAACUGAAGCAGACUUACCGGAUUUACACGGCGUGGCGUUUAGAGACUGGGGUGGACUUGAAUCCUUUGACAGGAAUUUGACAGAAAUGUUGAUGAAGCACACCUGCAUGUCAUAACCUGAAAAAAUUGUAUUGCUUGCCUCGUUUUCUCCUCGUGUCCAUACCAAAUAUUUAUUGUGUACAUAUUUCCCUAUUUAUUUAUUUAAUAAAUAAAACACACAGUUCUAA